AUGCCGCUUCUGAGAGAAGAAUUUUCCGAUACAGAGUCCGAAGAUGAUUUCAACGACGAUAUGGAAGCCCUAAAAAGGGCUUGUCAAAUAACCGGCAAAAAUCCAGCGGACAACAAUCUUCAACUGAUUACCACCGCCGAUGCUACUGCCUCGCCGGAGGUGGAGUCUGAUGGAGAAGGAGAUCAAGAUCUUGAAUUGGUGCGGAGUAUUCAGGAGCGAUUCGCUGUUCCCAUGGAUUUAUUUGAGGACGAGCCGCUGGUGAUGAAACCUUUGUGUACUCUGCCACCGGAUUGGUCUGAUGUCGAUGAUUGUGAAGAUGAUUAUGAGACCCUUCGAGCUAUUCAGCGCCGUUUUUCUGCCUACAAUGAAGAUGGCAUGGGACACAACAUGGAUGACCUCUUACAUAGACCUGCUCAGGUUGGUUCUAGUAUCAUAGAUUCAGAAAAGGAUAGUUCCAAUAGCUUUGUUGAGAAAACUAAUGUUCGACAAGGGUAUAUCAACUGUGUAGAUGCAAGUGUGCCCACAAGCAAGAAAGCAGGGGCACACGAAGAUGCUGGUAGAACACAGCCUGCUGAUUUAGUCGAAUGGGAUGGGCCUGAUACUGAAGAUGUGGCUGGGUUGCCUUUCAAAAGUUCCGAUUUCCCAAAGUGUGCACUGGCAUUUAUUGAUGCUAUUAAAAAGAAUAGAUCUUGCCAGAAGCUUGUACGGAGUAAGAUGAUACAAGUGGAAGCCAGAGUUGAAGAACUCAGUAAACUGAUGGAACGUGUGAAAAUCCUGAAAGACUUUCAGAUUGCUUGCAAAAAGAGAACUGGGAGAGCCUUGUCGCAGAAAAAAGAUGCUUGUGUGCAGUUAAUUUCAGUGCCAAAACUAAGGGCAAAUGCAAAGUUCAAUGAAAAGAUCCCUGCCUAUUAUAAGGGGCCUCCAGAAAAUGCACAUGUUACUUACUAUAAGGAGGCAUUGACAACAUUUGCUAUCAAUGUUAGUAGGGAGAAUUGGUCAAAGCAAGAAAAAGAGAAUCUUAUAAAGGGUGUGAAACAACAGUUUCAGGAAAUGUUGCUUCAGCAAUCUGUUGAUCUCCUCAGCGACGAAGAUGGGUCUUAUGAUCCUGGUAGGGUUGACAGCGUUCUUGUAUCUAUUAGAGAUACUGACAUAACACCUGAUCAAAUGAGAUCAUUCUUGCCCAAGGUCAACUGGGAGAAGCUAGCUGCUAUGUAUCUUCCUGGCCGGUCUGGUGCAGAGUGUGAAGCAAGGUUUUUAAAUUUUGACGACCCUUUAAUCAAUCACAAGCCCUGGACCGCGAUCGAGGACAAGGCCAUUUUGCAUAUAGUACAGCAGAAGGGGCUAAGUAACUGGAUUGAUAUAGCUGCAUCACUGGGAACAAACAGGACCCCCUUUCAGUGUUUAGCACGGUACCAGAGGAGCCUCAAUGCUUCUAUACUCAAAAGAGAGUGGACCAAGGAAGAGGAUGACCAACUUCGGACAGCUGUGGAAACUUAUGGUGAGAGCAAUUGGCAAGCUGUUGCUUCUAUGAUGGAGGGACGAACAGGUACCCAAUGCUCUAAUAGAUGGUUGAAGACACUUAACCCUGCUAGGAAAGUUGUUGGAAAAUGGACAAAGGAGGAGGAUAUACGCUUGAAAGUCUCUGUGGCACUGUUUGGACCAAAAAUGUGGAAAAAUAUUGCAAAGUUUGUGCCUGGCCGCACCCAGGUGCAGUGCAGAGAAAGAUGGGUCAAUUGCUUGGAUCCUUCUCUAAGUACGGCCCAAUGGACCGAAGAAGAAGAUACAAAUUUAGAAAUGGCUGUUGCAGAGCAUGGCUAUUGCUGGUCCAAGGUUGCUGCAUGCAUUUCUCGGCGCACGGAUAAUCAGUGUAUGAGGAGAUGGAAGGUUUUGUUUCCAGAUGAAGUACCGGUGCUUCAAGCCGCCAGAAAGAUACGCAAGGCAUUAAUAUCAAACUUUGUCGACAGGGAGUCAGAAAGACCUGCCCUUGGACCCAAUGACUUUGUUAUGCCAGAAGAAUAUCGUAUUACUGCAUCCAAAAAUAUUGAUCCUUCUAAUAGAACGAGGAGAAAAUCAUCCAAGCAAAGGGCUGAACACGAGCGCGAUGAUGGUGGAGAUGCUGUUUCCGGUGACAUUUGCUCAGAAAAAGUUCCAAAGUUAAGUGACCGCAGUGAGGUUGAGAAUUUGCAAGGUGGAUCAGUUACUAGGAAAAGAAGGUCUAAGAGUAGUUGUUCAAUUAAUAAGAAUGCCGAUCCAGCAUCUGGUCUGUCUUCACCUUGUCCAGGCACAGCGGUAGUUGAUAUGUCCAUUGAUGGUAACGUCAAGAGGAAACUUCGGCCACAGAAAAAGAAAAUGAAAUUGAGUUUGGAUUCUGGGUCUGUUGAUGCACCACACAUAAACGUAGAUGAACAUCCUACCCCAACAGAAGAAUGUUUAUUGCCAAAUUUGCAGCUUGUGGUUAUGAAUCCCGAGCAUGGUGUCAAGAAGGCUGCUAAGCUGCUGCAAUAUAGGAGGAGACAUCAUCCCGUUAAAAUAAUCGAGACAGCUGGAGAGGGCUCGGUCACCACCAAUGAAACAAACUAUCAUGAGCCGUCACCUUUCCCGGACUCGAUGUUGCUCAGGGAGGCUAUUUCCAGAAUCAAAGCUAUGAAAAUGGAGAUGAAGGCUCGAGAAACUCAUUCGAGAUCUCCACCUUUUGAUUCCAUCCCCAUGACAAACACCAAUAGCUCUAUUGGAAGCAUAAAAUGA